CAGAAGAUGAUACUAACAUAAAACAGAAAAGUCAUUCACAUAUUAUAAUAUUUACUUAAAAACAAUCGAAUAAAUGACAUUCCGAUUUAAAAAUGUUAAUAUACAUUAAAUUUCGUUAAUUUGUUAAAUAUUAAAUUUAUUGUUUUACGAUACAUUAACUUAAAUGAUUUUCAUCUGUAUUGUUUUUGAUUGCUUGACAACAUGGCAACAGACCCAUCAAAUAAAGUUGUUUUGAGCUACUACGACUAUUUACUGAGAAUAAGUGAUGUUACAUUGCUUCAAGGAUCAUAUUGGUUGAAUGAUGUUAUAAUAGGAUUUUAUUUUGAAUAUUUGGAUGAAACACUUAACAAGAAUGAGAGAAAGGACUUUUACUUUAUCAGUCCUGAAUUAACGCAACUGUUAAAAAUGACAGAUCCAGAUCAAUAUAUUAUAUUUUUGGACCCUCUUAGUAUAUCUGAAUGCAAAUGUAUGAUUUUCCCUUUGAAUAACUGUGAUAGAAAAGAUACAGCUGGAGGAACACAUUGGAGUUUAUUAAUAUUUUGUAAAGGAGAUAAAACAUGUUAUCAUUUUGAUUCGGCAAAAGGAUCUAAUGCUACUAUUGCGUCAAAAUUUGCAAAGAAUGUAAUGGAUUGCGUAUUUGAUAAGAAUGAACCUAACAAGAAGUUUGUUGAGGUAGAUAGUCCACAGCAAAACAAUAGUUAUGAUUGUGGAGUUUAUGUGUUAUGUUUAACAGAUGUUAUUAUAAAUCAUAUUUUGAAAAAUGAAAGAAUGGAUGGAUGUAAUUAUAACCAGGUAAAAAAAUUAGUGCAUGCAAAACGUGCACAAUUAUUAGGCUUGAUAAAUGAUCUUAAACAUAAACCAUUUAUUAAUCAAUGAUAAAUAUCAUGUAUUUUUGUAUAUUGUAUUGUAUAAAUAUCAAUUAUUUUUGUAUAAAUAUAUUGUAAGUUAUCUAUUAUCAAAUAAUUUGUUUAUAAUUUUAUGUUGCACUUAUUCAUGUAAGUAAUAAAUUUUCAGAUAUAUUAA